AGAGUCUUCCAGACCUGACCUGGUCUUCCUCAGCGUCUAUCCACCGUUCAUCCGAUGAAGAGGAGGAAGUGGGUAAACAUCAAGAGUUGGAGCUAAAGUUUGUAACACUAGAGCAAGAUGAAGGCGAGGGUCCCAUCUGCGACAUCCGAGCACUGAUGUUGAGGUGUUGCCAUGGUAACAAGAGAGGGUACAUGCUGCUGUGUGUGUGUGGAAUCRUCAUGUUCACUGCAGCGUUCCUGCUGGCCUUCGCUGUGGUCAGUGGACGAUACCACUGCUCUGAGGUGGGGGGCCUGGAGGAYGACGAGCAGCAGAAAAGCAAGAUCGACGCACCUGCAGAAGCAGGGGCAGGGCUUUACCUAGGAGAGCUGAGGGAGAUGAUGAGGAUGCUGCUACAGGAUGAAGAUAUCCACAACAUUAUCAGUCGUAUCAGCAGAGCAUCUCAUCCUCCGGGCUCCUCAGAGGGAACAGAUCUGGCCUCAGAGAUUCUGCAUCGCUUCAGGAAGCUGCCAAUGGACCACACCUGGACUGAGUCUCUGUACGCUACUCUGCAGUUCCCUGACAGGACUCAGAGAAGCUCCUUAGAGCUUUUGGACUCUGCAGGUCUAGUUUCAGAACAGAUUCCUCUAAACCCGUUGGAUUACUGUCCAUACAGUGCCACAGGAAACUACACGGGGGGUGUGGUGUAUGCUAAUUAUGGCCGCCCAGAGGAUUUCAACUGGCUGAAGAGUGUGGGCGUAGCUGUGGGUGGUUGUGUGGUGGUGAUGCGUGUCGGAGGUGGAGUCAGCUUUGCAGAGAAAGUCUGGUUGGCUGAAAGGAAUGGAGCGGGUGGAGUUUUGAUCUACCCUGACCCUGCAGACCUGCCGCAGGACCCUCGCCGCCUGGGACUGAACUCACACACUGCUGUGUCAGAACAUGUUCAUCUGGGGUCAGGGGAUCCCUUCACACCUGGCUUUCCCUCAUUUAAUCACUCUAAAUUCCCACCCAUCCCAUCAUCUGGCCUGCCACUAAUCCCAGCUCUGCCCAUCACUGCUACUGUGGCUGCCAAGCUGCUGAGCCAGCUGUCUGGUCCAGCCUGUCCUCCAUCUUGGCGGGGUCGGUUGCCGUACGUCCGCUGCCUGCUCGGUUCAAACCUCACCUCCGGACACAGAGUCCGGAUGAUAGUCCACAACGUCAUGAAGCCAGUCCUGCUCAACAACAUCUUCUCCUCACUGGUGGGCCGCGUUGAACCAGACCAGUACAUCAUCCUGGGAGCUCAGAGGGACUCGUUGGGUCCAGGAGCUGUAAAGUCUGGAGUUGGAACAGCAAUCCUCCUGGAGCUGGCUCGAACCUUCUCAACAAUGGUAAAGAAAGGCUUUAGUCCCAGACGCAGUUUGUUGUUUGUCAGCUGGGAUGCAGGAGAUUUUGGGAGUGUUGGAGCAACUGAAUGGCUUGAGGGUUACCUCCAAAUGCUUCAUCUAAAGGCUGUUGCAUACUUUAGUCUGGACCAGGCCAUCAUGGGUGAUGAUAUCCUGUCAGCCUACACCAGCCCUUUACUGGUCGACCUGCUGGAUGCUGCCAUCAAACAGGUGGAGCAUCCCAAACAUGCUGGUCAGACCAUCUACAGCCAGGCUGAGAAAGAUGGAGGCAGCUGGAGAAUUAUGAAACCUCUGUAUUUGAACAGCGGAGCCUACAGUUUCACUGCAUUUGCAGGUGUUCCAGCCAUGGAGCUCAGAUUCACUGAGGAGCGAGCRUACCCUUUUGUCAACACACCAAUGGACAGUGUCUCCCGACUACAGGAAGUUCUGGGGGGUCGUCUUGGGGUCAUUGGGCAAAGCCUGGGGCAGCUGGUGGGAGAAAUGGUGCUGCGAUUGGUCCAUGACCACAUCCUACCUUUACGCAUCACUUCCUAUGCACAGACAGUAUUGCUGUUCAGUGCUCAGCUCAACAAACACUCAGCCGAGCUGCAGUCCAGAGGUGUUUCUCCUCAAUGGUUGUUCAGUGCCAGAGGAGACUACAGUCGAGCUGCAGAGACAUUACAGAGAGGCAUUGACUACAGUGACCUGCAUGAUCCCACUACAGCACGCCUCUACAACACCCGCAUUAUGAAGGUGGAGUACUACUUCCUGUCCCAGUAUGUGUCUGCAAUGGAGACGCCAUUCCGUCACGUGAUCCACGGGCGUGGCAAUCACACCCUGAGUGCCCUCACUGAGCACUUGGCCCUGCUGACCUCAGACCCUGUACGAUUCAAUGAAAACCGUUUCAGAAGACAGUUGGCUUUGUUCACCUGGACGCUACAGGGAGCUGCCAAUGCUCUGAAUGGAGACGUGUGGAGCAUACACAACACACACACUUAUACACACUGACAUGCAAAACACAGACAUAUUGAAUUUCAUUUGGAAUGGAGAUUUGUGGAGAGCACCUUUUCGGAAGGUUUAUGAGAUAUUAAAAUAUGGUUAACAAAAGCUGUUAGCCUGUGGAUAUGCAAAGAACUGGUUUUAUGAAGACAUUUUCUUAUAUAGGGGAACCCCUCACCUCACCUCACCUCGCCACAGUUUGACUUUUCGACCACCUGGGGUCAAACCUCUCCUCUUCCCAGACUUAAUAAUUUCAGCUCUGCUGAGAACUUUAAAGAAAAGAAAAGUUUUGCCUCUCCUUUCCUCUGGGAAACAGAGAUUUGCUGUUUGUUGAUAAAAAACAAAAUAAAACAAAACAAACCUCUUGUUA